CAAACAGCAAAAUCCAUCCGCUUCCUGCCAUCCAAUCAGAAUCUCGCAUUUAGAUCACCUGGUUCUGACUGUCAAGGACAUUAAUCAAACUGUGGAAUUUUACACGAAGGUCUUGGGCAUGGAGUUAAUUAUAUUUAACGGAGGACGCAAGGCGGUAAAGUUUGGAAACCAGAAGAUUAACCUGCACGAACAUCACAAGGAAAUCGAACCCAAGGCAGCCACGCCAACUCCAGGCUCUGCCGACCUGUGCUUCAUUGCGUCAUCUGAUCUGGAGCAAGUAAUUGAACAUAUUAAGGCCUGUAAAGUGGAGAUAAUCGAGGGUCCCGUACGGAGAACCGGAGCUGUGGGUCCCAUGUCGUCGGUGUAUAUCCGGGAUCCAGAUGGAAACCUGAUCGAGAUUUCAAACUAUGCAAAACCCGCGGCCCAUCUCAAGUGA